CGAUUUAGAAAUGUCUUUACAUUUUUAGCAACAAUCUGCUCUUCCUUCUUUCUUCUUCCCACUUCUUCUUUUUUGCAAUUCUUCUCUCCUUUUAUUUAUAUUAGAGCAACAGAAAGAAAAGGAACCCACCAUAUUUGAGAUUCAAGAGAUUCAGCAGUCAUGGCUCGAGGGAAGAUCCAGAUCAAGAGGAUUGAGAACUCAACCAACAGGCAGGUCACUUACUCUAAGAGACGAAAUGGCAUUUUCAAGAAAGCUAAUGAGCUCACCGUUCUUUGCGACGCUAAGGUUUCUAUUAUCAUGUUUUCUAGCACUGGCAAGCUCCAUGAAUACAUCAGCCCUUCCACUACAACAAAGGAGUUUUUUGAUGAGUACCAGAGGAUGUUAGCAGUUGAUCUUUGGACCUCUCAGUAUCAGAAAAUGCAAGAGAAGCUGAAGAGCUUGAAAGAAAUGAAUAUGAAUUUGCGGAGGGAAAUCAGGCAAAGAUCGGGUCAAUGCUUAAACGAUCUAAGCUUUGAGCAGCUGCCUCUUCUGGAGCAAGACAUCGAUAAUGCCUUAGGGGUUAUUCGUGAACGAAAGUUUAAGGUGCUCUCAAAUCAGAUUGAAACUAAAAAGAAGAAGUUAAGGAAUGAGGCAGAAAUACAUAGAAGACUCCGGAGUGAAUUUGAAGCAAGAAUGGAAGAUCCACAGUAUGGUUUGGUGGACAACGAAGAGCAUUAUGAAACUGUUAUUCCUGGCUUCUUUGCUUUGCGCUUGCAACAAAACCAGCCAAAUGCUCACGCUGGAUCAGGCUCAGAUCUCACAACCUAUCCCUUGCUUGACUAGCGCUAUAUCAAAGCUUCCUUAUUAUUCUAUAUUUUUUAAGACUGAGGACUUAUUGCAGUGUUUGAAGCUGCGUUUGCAUUCAGUUGUGUAUUACUCUUGGCUUGUGUCUUGGUUUCACUGCUUGUAUGUGUUAGGACGACGACGACGAUGAUGGAUACUAUUUAAAUGUGGUUUAUUUAAGUAGAUCCUUCCUGCUUUUGUCUA